CUGAUAUAUUUGACAUGGAACCGAUUCUUUCUCGAUUCGUGCAAUAUACUAUUCAAUUAAUAUUGCAAAAAUAAAUUUACAAAGCAUGUAAAUUCACCGAUCAAUACUACACAUGGAAAUUCUUGACAUUCUGUACAUCAGAAUGUCAACGUUCCUUGGGCUUAUCAAGGAGAUUCCAGACAUCUCAGUGGAUCGUUUCGAUGGAGAAAAUUUAAACUCCUCUGUGUAUUUCCUUAGCCAUUGUCAUUGUGAUCAUAUGCAAGGCUUAAACUAUAAGUUUUUUGAACAUUUAAAACAGUAUAACAAAUAUCUUUAUUGUACUCGUAUUAGUAAAGCUUUUUUAGAAGCUAAAUAUUGCAAUAUAGAAACUUGUGUAAAAGAUAUUACUCUUGAUGAGAAAAUUCUUAUUGAAUAUAGAAGCAAGAAUUGUGAUAGAAGAAUUGACACAUUUUUUGUAACAUGUAUUUCUGCUGGACAUUGUCCUGGAUCUGUAAUGUUUCUCUUUGAAAAAAUGGAUAAGUUAGUAUUAUAUACUGGAGAUUUCAGAAUUAAUCCAAAAGAUUACAAAAAGAUAGCAUCGCUACAUUAUCGCAGAGAUUUUAAUGUAUUUCCAAAGAGGUUCAAUAAGAUAUAUUUAGAUACAACAUUUUUGGAUCCUGAUUUUACCUUUUUUCCAACAAGAGAAGAAAGUAUAAAAAAGAUAUGUGAAAUUGUCAAUGAAUGGCUGGAAAAAAGCCCAAGGAAUGUCGUUGUUCUGGAAUGUUCUGCUUUAUAUGGUUCUGAGUUCCUCUAUAUGGAAUUGUCGAGAUUUUUAAAUAUACCUAUUCAUGUAAAAGAUCGCGUGUAUAACAGCUAUUGUCGUAUCCCAGACUUGAAAUGUCAUAUUACAAAUGAACCGUUAGUUACACGUUUACACGCAUGUAUAAAUAAGUUAGAUCACUCAAUUUUGGAAUGUCGUACUGAUGUUCUCGAGAAAGACAUAUUAAUCAUUGUACCGUCAGCACAAAGAUGGAAGGGAAAAGAUACAAGUAUAGUUGGAGAAUGGAAUUAUUAUAGAGAGAGGACUUUUAACGUAUGUUAUUCCGCGCAUGCUUCAUUUGACGAACUCAAAAAAUUUAUAUAUUAUUUUAAGCCAGAAGAGAUAUAUCCCUGUGUAUGUCCAAAAGGCUUAGAACACAAAAUAUUUCAUUUAUUAGAUGAAAUUAAAAAUAAAGUUAAAGAAGAAAAAGACAUGGAUGAAAAUCAUAAAUACAUGUUGCAAGUCCUUAAACCUGAAGCUAUAAAUAAACCAUGGAUUAAAUAUUACUAUCCUGAUGAUAACAAUGAUAAUUCUUAAUGUUAAUGGAUAUUUUAUAUUU